CCCGGAUACUCUAGGCGUCAAGUGAGAGGCGAUAAGGACUCGGAAUUCUUUCUUCUUCUUCAGGCACCAAACGGCGACCAGAAUACUGCUCUUGCAGAUGUUCUAGGAAACUGACAGCGCAAGACCAGUGCGAUGGACCCGCUACGCAGACCUUCAGCAGAUUCCUGGAUUCUGCACCGUUUGUCGUCCGUGCAUGGAAGGCUCUCCAACCAUGACCACACCCAUAUAACUCAUGUCCCAGACUUGAUGCAUGUGCCAUCUAGAAUCUCGUGCCAUCUCGUACUGGCGUUUUCUACCACCAAAAAUGUCCCACAUGUUGAAUCUCGAAGGCCGGGUCGCCAUCGUCACAGGGUCCUCUUCUGGAGUUGGUCGCGCGAUCGCACUCGCACUGGCAAGCGAAGGUGCUUCGGUCAUAUGCAGCGAUUUGACGCCCGAGUUGCGUCCGGGCGGAUACGAAACCGUGACCACAUCGACGCACGAGCUGAUUGCGAAGACCGGCAAAGCUAUUUUUAAGAAGACAGAUGUUAGCUCGCCGCAAGACAUGGAAGCGCUGGUCGCAUCCGCCGUUGCUGAAUAUGGCAGGCUAGAUAUUUUGGUCAACAAUGCAGGCGUCUUUUGUGGACAGAACAAGAUAGCACAAGAGUCUGUAGAAGCGUUUGACAAGACCAUGGCCAUCAAUACGCGCGGGACUUUUCUUGGUAUGAAAUUCGCCAUAUUACAGAUGAUGAAACAGGAACCACGAUCUACCGGGGACCGUGGCUGGAUUGUGAAUAUAUCUUCAAUUGGCGGCCUGGUUGGGCUAUCAAUGGAACCAUCCUACUGUGCGAGCAAAGGCGCUGUGACAAACUUGACCCGGCAAGUAGCGCUUGACUAUGCCCCUCAUAAAAUUCACGUCAAUGGUGUAUGCCCUGGCUUCUUGAAAACGGCAAUGGUUCGAUCUGCGCUCGAAGAUUUAGUUCUCAACGAGGAACUGCAUAAUGCGUCGCCAUGGCCGCAUUUGGGCUUGCCCGAGGAUGUAGCGAAGGCGGUGCUAUAUCUCUCUGGCGAUGGUGCCAGCUGGGUGACAGGUGUAAUGCUGAAUGUGGACGGUGGGUACUGUACAAAAUAGUCGAGCAUGUAAAUCGGGUUCGAGUGUACGACUUCAAUGGCAUUCAAGAGCUGCUUUGAAACCUGCUUAGCAUUGUACGAGACUCUUCAAUUUUACAUCAGACUUCGAGACGCGAUAUCGAAGACUCGAGGGCGGAAAUCAGACCGCAUUCCAGAUGCAAACAAUCAGAGGAAUGGAAAUAACGU